GUAGUGCUCUGGGCUAAUGUUGUAGUUUGCAGGAGCUGCCUGGAGCAGGACGUGAAGUGAGUUGCUCCCCUUUUUCUUCCUGCCUUGUUCUGUUUUUUUAUUUAUUUAUUGCUUAAAACAAAACUCGGCAUGGUCAGCCGACACUAAAACAGCUUCCCCGGUGCUGUUGGAGACCCAGAGACGCUCACCGCGAUGCUUGAUUGGGCCGAGGAGUGAAGCACAUUCUUGGAGGAGUUGAGGGCCACUGUCUUAAGCUUAUGAGAAACCAGCCUGCUCACACCUCAAGAUGGCUGCAAGCUCAACCUGCCAUUACUGGAACGGCUUGGGACAAGGAUGUGUGUUGCCAUGGUGAUCAUUUACAAGAAAACACUGGAAAAGAAGGGUGCCGAUGAUGUAACAUCCAAACGUACAGAUUUGGGCCCGUUCCAGACACAGACCAUGAGCCAGGGGACUGCACUUUUUUCUUGUGGACUCAUGGAGACAAGCCGGUGGCGUGAGGUAGGUCACAGCUGUGCCAUACAGCAGAGGCCGGUUGGGACCAGCCUGGAGAGCCUGUGGGACGUCCUGCCUCAGGUGCACAGGAGUUCCACCCACUGGGAUUGGGAUGUUGGUUCCACUUCGAGCUCAAUCAGCAGCUUGUUGCAGGACCUCAGCCUGACUGAGGCUGCGUCCUCGCACUCCACCGCUCCCCCCAGCAAGCGGCAGUGCCGGUCCCUGUCCUGCUCAGACGAGCUUGGCGGUUGCCGGUCCACCUGGCGCCCUCAGGGCUCUCGCGUGUGGACAGCCGUGGAGAAGAGACGGUGCCACAGCGGAGGCAGCGUCCAGCGCAGCAGUGUUGGAAACAUGCAGCUCGGCUUCCCAGCCAUGCAGCGCAGCUCUAGCUUCAGCCUGCCCGCCCGCUCCAACACCCUGGAGCCACCCAGCUUCACCCAGCGCCUCCCCUGGCCCUCUGCCUUCACUGGCCUGACGCCCUCCUCUUCAAUGCCCCUGUCCUCCGAGCCUUCAGCGCAGCCCCUCUACCUCUCUCAUGAACAAAUUUGCCUCCCUGAGCCUCGUGGACCCUCGCCACCCAGCUCGGCCGACUCCACUCCAGAGCUGGAGCGGCGUGGCGGACAGGGAGGUCUUGCUCGUAGUCGAUCACAACCAUGUGUACUAAAUGACAAGAAGAUUGGUGUGAAGCGCAGGAGACCAGCUGACUCACACAAGCAGAGGCCUUCACUGGAUCUGGCAAAGAUGACCCAGAAACUUCGGAAUUUCCACAGCCUGAGCUGCCCUGGAAUCACAGGCGAAGACAGCUGCGAGUCGAGCCAGACCCUCCCCACUCUCAGGAGCACCUCUCAGUGCGACACUGAAGAUUCAUCCGCGAAUGAACACAGUUUGGAGGACGUUCAGCCUCGGACCAAAGAGGGCGAGAUGGCCGGGAACGUGUCAUCAGACCCCACCACAGACGAGGUGGACUGGAACUCAACAGACUGCGGCGACGUGACGCCAGGAACGACCAAUGGGAAGGACAGUGAGCCUCUGUGGGCGGGACUGUGUAGCAUGAGGAAGGACAUGUGUCAGCUUGGAGGCGAGCUCGACAUUGAGCAAAUUGAGAGGAACUGAGCUGCUUUCCUCCUGGGGGAAACUAAUUUAGAGGACUUGAAAGUUUAUCACCAGGUGGUACAAUAAACAGUACUGAUAGUCUUAAGGACAAAGCAGACGGAAAGCUAAUGCUGUGAGUGUUCCAGCACUUGUGGGGUUUUUUUCUCGAGAAGAAAUUGAACAGGAGCUUUGUGUGCUAAACGCCCAUUUUUGGGGAUUCUGUAUAGUCAGAAGCUAAUCCCCCACCGUGCGGAAUCUCAACUGUGUCUCAGGAGAACAAGGAAGUCAGGGAGGGCGGGUUGGUGGAAAUAGAACUGAUAAAUAUAAAAAAUGAUGUUAAUGUUGGCUCAGAGACUGGGGUUUUUCACAUUUCUCUGUAACCCUGAUUACCCUAAUUGUACUAUGUUUGGAGAGAAUUCACAGCAGGUUUGUAUAAAUUCUCUGCACUAGCAAAGACUGUCUUUUCCUCUGACGUUCUUCAGUAGGACUUGGGUACAUGAUGGAGAGAAAUAGAGACUACUUCAAGAGCUACUGUUAGUAAAACCCCUUUUACUGAGCAACAAGCUUCACUCACACACCACCUAUAAAGUAUACUGAAGAGCUUAACAUUUCACACAGUAACAUCAGGCUUAUCUCUGAAAUCUAUGCUCCUGUAUGUUUGAAAGAAACUUUGUGAUGCUAAUAGCGUUAAUAUUCUUUCUUUUUACGAUUUGUAACUACAAAGUUAUGUAAAACAUGAGCAUAUUUCUAUACAAAUAAACACAGUUUUAAAUGUG